AUGAGACACAGCUUGGUCACUUUCCCAGUAGUCAUCAUUUGCGUAUCGAUUGCGUUGAUCAGCUUGAGAAAGCAGUUUGUGAGUUUCUACGUCGGUCGGCUAUUUUCAAUGUCUGCAACUCCUACGUAUGAAAAGGAACUUCGAGUCGCAACGUUGGCAGUCAAGCGAGCCUCGAUCUUGACCAAGCAGUUGAGCGACUCCAUCGCGCAGGCUGAGCAGGGCACCAUCACGAAGGAGGACAAGUCGCCCGUGACAAUUGGCGAUUUUGCGAGCCAGGCUAUAAUCAACCAUGCGUUGAGCGCAAACUUCCCCCAGGACGAAAUCGUGGGCGAGGAAGACUCUCAAGAUUUGCGAGACAAUUCGAAAUUAGCUGACCAGGUCCUUGACUUGAUUUCUAAAGUUCAAUCCGAAACUCUCGAGUAUAGUGAAAGCUUGGGCGAUUUGCAAGACAAGCAAUCAGUUUUCAAAAGCAUCGAUUUGGGAAAUUCAAAAGGUGGCUCAAAGGGCAGAUUCUGGGCCUUGGACCCCAUUGACGGCACAAAGGGGUUUUUGAGAGGUGACCAGUUUGCUGUAUGUUUGGCCCUCAUUGAGGACGGGAAAGUUGUCCUUGGCGUCAUUGGAUGUCCCAAUUUGGCCAGAAACAUCGAGUCCAACACGAAACAGCUGGGGACUAUUGGUGGUUUGUACUCGGCAGUCAAAGGUCUUGGUUCGUAUUACGCACCUUUGUUUGACUCUGGCUUCACCGAACUCGCCCAACAGCAACGCAUAGAGAUGAAACAGCACUACUCACCCCAGGAUUUGAAAGUUGUUGAAGGUGUUGAAAAGGGGCACUCGUCACAUUCCACGCAAGCGGCAAUCAAGGCCAAACUCGGAUUUGACCCGGAAACCGUGGCGGAAAAGACAAUCAACUUGGACUCUCAAGUUAAAUACUGCGUUUUAGCAAGCGGACAAGCUGACAUCUACCUCAGGUUGCCCAUAAAUGAUGUAUACAGAGAAAAGAUUUGGGACCACGCGGCUGGGAAUAUCCUCGUUUACGAAGCCGGCGGCAGAGUCGGGGACAUCCAGGGCAAACCCUUGGAUUUCGGCAAGGGAAGACUCUUGCCUUCUCAAGGCGUGAUUGCAAGCAACAACAGAGUAUUUGACAAGGUUAUAGAUGCAGUGAAAAGUGUAUGCAAUUUAUAG